AUGAGGCGCCUACCUCAUUGUAAACUUUUAAUAACUUUGUGUUGUUCUUUCAUUGCUAUUUAUUUAUAUAUUUUAAGUACAAAGGAAAAUGACAAUAAUUUUAAGGAUUAUGUUGUACCGAAGCGAUUAAAAGCUGCAAGCCCAGUCAGGAUAAUAAUGUCGUUUGUUGUGUGCGAUUCAAGAUUUAACGAGUCCUUAAAUGUAAUAAAGUCUGUGCUAAUAUUCACGAAAACACCUGUACAUUUUGUUAUAUUCACCGACGAUAAAUUGCGAAAUUUGUUUAAUGACACUCUGAACAAAUGGAAAUCUUUAUUAGGAGACCAACUAGAUUUUGAGUUGCAAGGUAUCCACUUUCCAGAGGCUCACAAGGAAGACUGGAUGAACUUGUUUAGUAAAUGUGCUGCCCAAAGAUUGUUUAUACCGAAACUUAUUCCUCACAUAGAUGCUAUGAUAUAUGUUGAUACAGAUACUUUAUUUUUGAAGCCUGUUGACGAAUUAUGGAGUGAAUUUUCAAAAUUCAAUGAUUCUCAGAUAUCAGCUAUGGCUGCUGAAGAUGAUAAUCCUAAUGUAUCUUGGUACCCGAGGUUUGCAAAACACCCUUUUUAUGGAAAAUAUGGCCUUAACUCUGGUGUUAUGUUAAUGAAUUUGACAAGAAUGAGAAGUUUUGGUUGGGUUGAAUAUGUUACCCCAGUCAUGCUUAAAUGGAAAUUAUAUAUUCCCUGGGGAGAUCAGGAUAUAAUAAACAUAAUAUACCAUUAUCAUGAACGUGCGGUGCACCUUCUCUCAUGUAGGUACAAUUAUCGGUCAGAUCAGUGCACAUACGGAGAUGCAUGUGCUGAUGCCACGGAGCAUGGCAUCUAUGUGCUUCAUGGUAGCAGGGGGAUAUUUCACAAUGAUAAACAGCCAGCAUUUCAAGCGAUAUAUAGAGCUGUUAGUGAAUAUGACUUAAGAAUGGAUCCAUCAGAGGUAACAAAAAAUAUGCAUAAAUAUUUAAAGGAAGCAUCGGAAUCAAACUGUGGGCAUGUCUUUGAGACAUUUAAACAUCAUUUUUAACAACUUGACAUCUUAGAAUUUUAUAAAUGUACAU